AAGGAAGAGGACAAUCCAGGUUCUUCUAAUAAAAAAUGUUUCAAAGUAGUCUGGCAUCUUGAACCAAUGGGAGCAGGAGGUGUUAAUACUGAUAAUUUGGCGGAAUUUCCAUCAUUUGUAUUAAAUGCUGUUUAGUUCGCUCAUAUCAAAGUCCGAGGACGAGCGGCGCUGAAACUGACCAUCUUUCCAAGAUGGAGGAUGGAGUUUGUGUAUCUUGGAGGAACCGGUAACGACGAAAAAUGUUCCUAACAAAGAUACCGUUUUUGUUCAAGAAUACUCUCACUGGUGUCGUUCAAUGUGAAUCAAAACACGCCAGUAUUCUCGUGCAUAAAUUUAUACGAGACACGUCCUUCGUGAAAUAUUCAACAUCAAUACAACAGAAUGAACAGCAGCAAGAUUCGACAAGGGAACAGUCAUCCUCACUUUCGGCGAACACGGGCACACCAGAUAAGUUAUACAAAAAGAUCGAGAUUGAAGUCAGAGGAAAUGAUCCAGCGGUAUUAAAGAGCUAUGGAGAAUUUGCAAUGAUGGCUGCAAAUCAUUUAAAUAUCAAUGUAUGUAGAAACACAGCGCCACGUAAAGCUAUCCAUGAACGAUGGACGGUGCUGAAAUCUGCUCACGUUCAUAAAAAGCAUCGAGUUCAAUAUGAAAUCAGAACAUAUUAUCGCUAUUUGGAUUUUUUGAAAUUAACCGGGUCAACAGCAGAUACUUUUAUAGAAUAUCUUCAGAGAAAUUUGCCAGAGGGAGUGGCAAUGAAAGUGACCAAGAUUGAACUACAACAGUUGCCAGAGAGUAUAGCCGCAAUGUGUAAAGUAUAAGUAUGAACAAUUGUUUAUAUUAUACCACUGUAUUGUAGAUAAUUUCCUGAUAUAAAUUACAAAGAAAAUAUGCUUUAAAUAUAUAUAAUACAAUGUUUCAGUAUUUAGUCGCGACAAAAAUAAUUUCUCUAAAAAUUAUUCUUUAAAAAUUAUCGAUAAUAAUAGCAUAAAAAGAUGCGGCAAUUUUUUGGAUAAAUGAUUGCAACC